GAGGCUUUCGUUACCGCAGCUGGACCAACCUCUAAAUAUAGACCUGCCCGAGCCACCCCAGCAGAACAAGUGGCGUUGCCUGUGCACAACCCACCGAAUCUCCCUGUUCCUGAGCCAGAGCUUGUAGUUUUAGUCGCGACUGCGACCAGUUAUAUUGAUGUAAACAUGGGAUCCAAAGAGGCCGAGAACUGGACCAACUUCUCUCGCCCCGUCGAGACCUUUGGCGAGGCUGGCUUCCCUCAAUACGUCCUUAGCCAGGUCAAGGACCAGGGCUUACACCGUCCCACCGUUAUCCAGCCUCAAGGUUGGCCUAUGGCCCUCUAUGGUCAUGACUUUGUCGAUAUCGCUGAGACGGAUUCCGGAAAGACCCUGACCAAUUGUCUUUCCGCCAUCGUUCACAUCAACGCCCAGCCCUCUAUCGCCCUCGGUGACGGCCCCAUUGGGAACAGCACUCGCGACUGCAAUUUGGAUGAUAUCUCUACUUUUUAUCCCAGCAUUCAUCGGACUACACUUCAUCGCAGGACGGCAGACAAUGUGGCCCAUUCAUCCCGGUGUCCAUGA